AUGGGCAUUAAAGGACUUCAUGGCCUCCUCAAAUCCAUACAAAAGCCAUGUCACCUAAAGAAGUACAAUGGACAAACAGUGGGAGUUGAUGCCUAUGGAUGGCUACACCGAGGGACAGUUGCAUGUGCAGUCGACUUGGUCCUGGACAGACCUACAACUAAACACAUUGACUUUGUUCUCAACAGAGUGCGCAUGCUUCUCUAUUUCGGGGUGACACCAUACCUCGUCUUUGAUGGAGACGAUCUGCCUAGUAAAUCUGGAACCGAGUCAGACCGUCAUAAAAGGCGCCAAGAGAGUAAAGUUCUGGGGCUAGAGCUUCAACGUAAAGGAAGGACAAUCGAGGCUUACCAGGAAUUGCAAAAGGCCGUUGACGUGACACCUAUGAUGGCUCGCCAGCUGAUAGAGGAACUGAAGAAGAUGAAAGUGCAAUAUGUGGUCGCACCGUAUGAGGCGGAUGCGCAACUUGUUUAUCUGGAACGGCAGGGCAUCAUCAAUGGCAUUUUAUCCGAGGACUCUGACUUGCUUGUAUUCGGUGCGAAGCGGCUACUAUCAAAGCUUGACCAGCAUGGUGACUGUAUCGAGAUCAAUCGCGCGGACUUUACAGCCUGCCGGGAAGUAAGCUUCAUUGGGUGGACAGACGCUGACUUUAGACGCAUGUGCAUCCUCAGUGGCUGCGACUAUUUGCCUAACAUUGCAAAGAUGGGCCUCAAGACGGCAUAUCGCAGCAUCAGAAAAUACAAGAGUGUCGAGAGAGCACUACGUAUGCUUCAGUUUGAGGGUCAAUAUCGUGUCCCGGCGGACUAUCUCGAAAAUUUCAAGCAGGCCGAGCUUACAUUCCUUUACCAGAGAGUGUUUUGCCCGAAGGCCGGAAAGCUGGUGACUUUGACUCCACUGGAUGAUGAUGUCCAACUAGAAGAACUGACGUUCAUUGGGAAAGAUGUGGACCCGGACACUGCUGUGGGAGUCGCCUAUGGUGAACUGGAUCCAACCACGAAAGAACCACUCAUCGUGAAGCCUCUAGGAGUGCGAAAUCUAGCUAACGGUAUAAGUCGCCGCCAAACGCUAGGAUCGGCAGCAGAGUUGAAGCCGAAUAAACCCAUUAGUUCAUUCUUUACUCCGAAGCGGGUUCCUCUGGCUGAGCUAGAUCCGAACAGUCUCACCCCAUCACCAAGCCAGCAAAGACUCUUAGAGCGGCAUGCCAACAGCUCCUGGGAAAGCAACUCGGUGCCCUCGCGGUCAGGCAAUGCAGUAGCAGCGCCUCUCCGUAGAAAUAAUUCAUCCAGUCCAUUGGUGAGGAGUGUAGAGCGCAACUCUUUCCUAGCUCAUGCCUCGCGGAUGUCCAAUUUACAGCCUGUCAAACGACCGCGGCUUUGUUCCGAGACGGACGAGACCGCCUUGUCUAGCCGACCAGAUUGCCGCAGCCGUUUUUUUGCAUCUGGACAACUUGAGUCCAGUCCAAGUGGACUAAAAGCUACGAGCUGCAAAAAAGCCCGCAAGUCGACAUUAGAUGUCUUUUCUGAUGAAAUUGCAGAAGACAUAUUGUCCCAGCUUCCUGAUCCUGCACAAAUUGGUUGUGAGGCAAAGCAAGAAUGCAAGGCUCCCAGUGAGGACCGUAAGGACAUCACUGAAGAGGUUACCCAUGUGCAGAUUGCUUCAGCUGCCCUUGACAACGAUGAACUUCUCGGACAUGGUAAAGGGGAACCUGAGCAUGCAGACAAGAUUUCGACCACAACAACCAAUGCACCUGGUGACGGGAUGAGUGAGGAAUCCAACCCCGAAGGCUAUGAUCAAGGUCCGGAUGAUCACGUCGCAAAACAAAACCCAUCUAUGCUAUCCAAGUAUACAUUUGAGCCACACGGAGGCAAUACUAGAUCCAAGAAAAUCAGGGAGAAAAAAUCUCCUAGGUCCUCUAAGACAUCCACUUUGCCCAGCGUAAAGUAUGGAGCCUCCGGGAUUUCUCCCAAGCAUCAGCGCUUGACGCCAUUACAACGUUUAGGAGAAACUGCCUUGGGUCGAUCGCGGUCUAUGAAUAACAUCGCCCCGUUUGCACGACCGAGUGCUUCCAGUUUUUCGCGAACAAGCAGUCUCAGGGGUGACAUGGCACUAAAGACUAGUUUUAUCGCACAAAAGGGUAGCGAAGACAUGAUAGUUCCGGAUAGCGAAGACGAGACCGACACUGAAGACAUCAUCAGUGAUCGACAAAAGCCUGCUACAUUGGACCUCAAGCAAUUCUCUUUCACGGGUCGUUGA